GCCCAGCAGGCUAGAGGAGCAAGGCUGGAAAAGGAACGUGAGUGUUCGGAGGGCCAAAGGCUUCACCAAAAGGCCUGUGCAUCCUCAGUUACCACAGGGCACGAGAAGGUUGCACGUGAGCCCCAGAUGGAGGGGAGCAAAGAGAGCCAGUAGAAGGUCAAGUUCAGAGAAGGGGGGCCAGGCCCUUUCGGUCCAGGGAGCGUUCCAAACAAGGCCCUCCCUCUGCUCCCGGCCGGGCAGUUGCCCUUGGACACGGAACGCACAACACUCGUGGACGCUCUGCGCUCCUCGCAAGGCGGGCCCAGCCCCCGCUGCGUGUUCUCGCCCCUGGAGCUCGCGCCCCGCCCGCAGCCCCAGUGCCUGAGCACCCACCUACCCCGCGCUCCUCCAGAGCCAGCCCCGCACUGCCGGACCAUGGCCAACUCCGGCUCUGACAAGAGCUCGUUGGUGCUCUCUGACACCAACCUGAGCCCCGCGAGCAGCUUCAGCAGCAGCAGCCCCAGCAGCAGCCGAGGCAGCCAAACAGCCCAUGACACCAGUCAGACGUCCGAGAAAUCUCCCAUACAGAGAAAUGGCGGUAUUCCCAGGGCACUCAGUACAUUUAGGAGAGAAUCUUCACCUUCCUUCCAGGAUUCAGUUGGGGAAGAGAUCAUUACACCAAUGUCAACAAAACGUGGAACUGAUGUAGCAUUGCAGACAGAAAUGAGUUGGCUUCAGGACCACUGUGAGAAAAAAAUGAGCCUUGCAGCAAAAGACAAUAUAUCCCAAAAGGAGAAGAUUCUGGAAAUAAUACCAGAGUACAAGAAAAAGACAAGGAUUAAAAAUUUAAAGAGUGCACUACAAAAAAUAGCAGUAGUCCGUGCUUUUGGCUCCUUUAAACCUGGGGAUGUGUCUCCUGCUUCCUAUUGCCCGUUAACCCGAGCACAAUGGGCACUACAUGAAAGGAUGCAGCAUUUAGACAUUUUGUGUGACAUGGAGUUUAAAGAAGACUUCAAAAUGUUUUUUGAACCAUUUCUGGAAACGAUCCCAAAGGUUGGGCCACCAGCCAUUCUAGCCUAUAAACCAGAGCCAGCUCCACAAGAUAUAAUUCUUGAGUGGGACAUGGAGUAUUCUGCAUGUUGUGAGUUUUGUGGAUGUGAACUGAGACCAUUUCCUUCCCUGGAUAAUAUCAACUUUGAUGCUGAAAGCUAUGAGAAUCUCUUCUGUUGUCUUGAGUUCAGGAGGCUGUUUGAAUAUGUUCUACAUGAAAGGGAACUAAUCAAAAUUAUGUAUCCAGAAUCUGAUUUAAUCUCCAUCCAGCCUCAUGCAGCCUUUGGCAGUGAGCAGGAGAGGGUCAAAGCAAAGGAAUCGUCCCUUCGGAGACAACAAGAGAGACAGAUGGCCAGAACCUUUGCAUUCAUGUCAACUGAGCAAGAAGAGAGUAAUAUAAAGCAGCUUAGGACAAUAACGUACCAACUAGCCCGGGACCCCUCAAUAAAAAUACCGAGUGAAGAGCAGUUAGUUGACUCACUUGAGGAACAAUUUGCAUUUUCUAUUGACUCUGGUGAUAUUUGGAUACUACCUUGCAUAAAGAAAAUAGAAAAGGAGUUCCUGGAAAAACACUACAAACACGGAGGAAAGUUUCUGACCAUGUUUCCAGAUGGCACAGCCCAAAUAUUCUACCCUUCAGGAAAUUUAGCAGCCAUCGUUGUGACCAACAGGAUAAAUGGUUUAAUUUGUGUGAUCCAAGAAGACACAACAAAUAAACCGGCAAUUAGGGCAAUACUUGAUUCCUGUGGAAAAAUUACUUGCUACUAUCCCAAUGGAAACAUUUGGAUUAACAUCAACCUCUUGGGAGGGCAAUUUUCAGACCAAGAAGGCAACCGAGUGAGGACUUGGAAGUGGUCCAGUACCAUGACUUCAUUGCCCUUGGUUUCAUUUAAACCAAUAUUUCUGUCUUUAAACAAUUAUGUGGGCAUCCGGAUAUUAGACCAAGACAAGGUUGUUGUCUCUUUUCUAGCACUGGGGCAACAGGCAAGAAUGAAUGUGGGAACCAAGCUGAAGGGGAGACAACAUAUACCUUUAGAGAUACAUACAAAAGAAGAGACAAGGUCCAUGUCUUUGUUCCCUGGCUGCUCCACCCCUAUGCCAAGAAUGCUCCCCUUCCUCACCUCUGCCUCCUUCUCAGAGUCCCUAGCCUCCUUCAGAGCUCAGCUCAGGUAUAUGAAGAGGUGCCCAAGUUCAAAUAUUUCCUUGAUGAGGACCUUUUUCUGCUUGCAUUCAUCAUAAGGAUUCGACGUUUGCUGAGCAAAUUUGAGAUAUGUAUGAACUUUCCCAGCAUUGAGAACUGGUAUAAACUGAAGACACC